UCAGCUGUCAAUGUCAUAAAUCGUGGUUGAGUGAUAAUUUUUGUAUUUACCCACUUCUGUUAACUAUUUUUUAAGUUAUAAUUAUUUUUAACAAACAUUCUUAUAAUGGUUUGUUCCUUGGGAAUUGAAAGCAGUGCCAACAAAGUUGGUGUAGGAAUAAUAAAAGAUGGUGAAGUAUUGGCGAAUGUUCGAAAAACAUACAUAACACCACCCGGCGAAGGUUUUCAACCCCGGGAAACUGCGACACAUCAUCGACAAAACAUAACCGGCCUCGUCAAAGCAGCUCUGGCCGAAGCAAAGAUAGAUCCCUCCGAAAUCGAUGUUAUUUGUUAUACCAAAGGACCCGGCAUGGGAGCUUGCCUGCAUGUUGGUGCUCUCACCGCUCGCACACUGUCUUUGAUCUGGAAGAAACCAAUCCUGGGAGUCAAUCACUGCAUCGGUCAUAUUGAAAUGGGGCGUUUAAUUACCAAAGCACAGAAUCCAAUUGUGUUGUAUGUUAGUGGUGGAAAUACACAGGUAAUAGCCUACUCCAACAAAAGGUAUCGAAUCUUCGGCGAAACUAUUGACAUUGCUGUAGGCAAUUGUUUGGACAAAUUUGCACGCAUAAUCAAACUUUCAAAUGAUCCAAGUCCGGGCUACAAUAUCGAACAGUUGGCAAAGAAAGGGAAAAAGUUUAUUAAGCUGCCGUAUGUAGUAAAAGGGAUGGAUGUAAGCUUCUCAGGAAUCUUGUCAAAUAUUGAAGAUAUAGCCGAUCCUAGUCGCCGAAAGAACAAACGGAAAAAAGAAGACCCCGAAGAGGAGUACACAAAAGAGGAUCUCUGCUUUUCCCUCCAAGAGACAAUCUUUGCCAUGUUAGUGGAAAUCACUGAAAGAGCCAUGGCGCAUUGCGGCUCAAAUGAAGUUCUUAUAGUUGGCGGUGUAGGUUGUAACCUACGUCUUCAGGAGAUGAUGGAAAUCAUGUGCAAAGAAAGAAAUGGCAAACUCUUUGCCAUCGACGAGAGAUACUGCAUCGAUAAUGGUCUGAUGAUUGCUCAUGCUGGAGCUGAAGAGUUUCGCUCUGGGGCUCGGAUGGAAUUUGAAGACUCUUCGGUUACGCAAAGGUUCCGAACAGACGAAGUGGAGGUUACUUGGAGAAACGACUAGAUCUUUUUUUAAUAGAUAAAUGAAAACUUU